CCUUAGUCAGGCGGUAAUCAAUGCCGGGCACAUAUGUGUUAUAGGGCGCUCUCUCUACAAAAUCAGUAUAAAUGGGAUUCUGAGGGGUUGGGGCUACUCCGAUCUUCAGAUCGAGCUGGACAUUUAUUUCAAAGUGCUAAAUCAAUUGACGGAUGGCUUGCACUCUGAUUGUGCAUUAAAAUGUAAGAAGCAACACAUCAAGAUAACUUCAUCUGCUCAAGAAGACGACUACACCCUCUAAAGUUGUCAGCAAGAGAGAAGAGAAAAUGGUUUCUCAUUGAUGGGCCUCUGAUGUUUCUCAUCAAUGAAAGUCUUUGACUCUUUGAAAGCUGUGGUUAAAUGUGUUAAGUAUGGAGUCUUACUUCCAUUUGUGCUGUAAUCAGAACUGAGGCAUAAGGUUUUGUUGCCUGCUGUGUGCUGGGAGUGCAAUGAGCAAAACCCACCGAAGUGUCUGCAGAAGUGGAAAUAACAACAUUCUCCCUGCGAUAUCAAGCAAUAAUACUGCAGUGAUCACUGAUAAUAGCAGCGUUCAAAGUCGACGUGGUGGGCGCAGUAGUAAUUGGAGAGGAUCUACUCCAGGUGGAGAUGAAGAUAGUGAUGGUGGAGGUGGAGUGAAUAGACCAGGCCGUCCCCUACUGAGCAAGAAAAGAAAUGUUCAGGGAGAUUCUUUGGCACAGCAUUCAUCAAGCUUGUCUCGUUCGCCACACAAAUUCAGAGAUGCAAAUGAAGGCUCUCGACAGGAUGGCUCGCCCGUCCCUGGGAAGGGUCGUUCGCAGACAUCCCAUGUCUCUCCUGCUGGCCGUCUGACUGGUACUCAAAGUCGCAACAAUAAUUGCAGCAGUUGUAGUGGACUCGGCACGACGGGCACCGGUAAUUCCGGCCUCGGACACUCACCAAAGGGCGCUGUGUCGAACUCAGUGAGCCGAGGGGGAUCCCGGCGUGGCUCGCGUGCUCGACCCCGUUCCAGCUCCAGCCUGCAGCACCCAUCGCCGAGCCGCUCCGAAGCAGUGUCAAAUACAUCGACACACAGCGAAGAGAAAAAUGCCAACAUUCCAUCCCACAGAUUCACUCGCACUCGUGAGACACCUCCAGUGCCAACAUCAGCUGAACAAGAUGACGGCUGCAGCACUCCUACCGCGAUGGAUGAUUGUCCCUUUGCAAGCAGUGCCAAAGCUUCUGUUACCAUCAGGCCUGCUGGUUCUACAUUGGUAGAUCAAGUCGGAGAAGAGGUUGUUGAUGAUGGCAUCCUUGCCCUGGCCAAUUCUGAAGUUAAGGUGGAAGAUGUGCUCUUGGUGGAACCAGAGGUUUUGCCUGCAGCUGUUUCUGUUGCUGCUUCAGAAGGGCAGGCUGAAGAUGACGAUGAAGAGAAAGCAAUCGGUGUUUCUCCAGAUGGCAGGUUUCUUAAGUUUGAAGAAGAAAUUGGUCGAGGCAGUUUUAAAACUGUCUACAGGGGCUUGGAUACACAAACAGGAGUUGCCGUGGCUUGGUGUGAAUUGCAGGAAAAGAAAUUAAAUAAAACAGAAAGAUUGCGGUUCAGAGAAGAAGCAGAAAUGCUGAAAGGUCUUCAACAUCCUAAUAUUGUCCGGUUUUAUGAUUAUUGGGAAGUUACUCUUACCAAGAGAAAAUAUAUUGUUCUUGUAACCGAACUGAUGACCUCAGGCACUUUAAAGACAUAUUUACGCCGGUUCAAGAAAAUAAAUCCAAAGGUUCUCAAAUCUUGGUGUCGCCAAAUCCUGAAAGGUCUUAGUUUUCUCCAUAGCCGGAGCCCUCCUAUUAUACACAGAGACUUAAAAUGUGAUAAUAUAUUUAUAACUGGAACUACUGGCUCGGUGAAGAUUGGUGAUUUGGGUCUUGCUACUCUUAAAAACAGAUCCUUUGCAAAAUCCGUCAUAGGUACUCCUGAAUUUAUGGCGCCAGAAAUGUAUGAAGAACAUUAUGAUGAAAGUGUUGAUGUCUAUGCAUUUGGAAUGUGUAUGCUUGAGAUGGCUACAUCUGAAUAUCCCUAUUCAGAGUGUACCGGUCCUGCUCAAAUAUACAAAAAAGUUAUAAGUGGUGUCAAACCACAGAGUUUUGAAAAAGUAGAGAGUCCAGAAAUACGAGACAUUAUUGAACACUGUAUUCGAUUAAAGAGAGAGGAAAGACCUGGCAUUAAGGACCUAUUAAACCACGAAUUUUUUGCUGAAGAUUGUGGGCUACGAGUUGAACUUGUAUCUCGGGAAGAAGCCGUGGCUUCAACAGCGUCCAAAGUUGAAUUCAGACUUCGUGUACUUGAUCCAAAGAAGAGAUCUAAUAAGCAUAAAGAGAAUGAAGCAAUACAGUUUGACUUUGAUAUAAAUAAUGAUAAUGCUGAUGAAGUUUCACAAGAAAUGGCUAAUUCUGGGUUGAUAAUGGAAGAAGAUGCACGUGUUGUUGCAAAGUUAAUAAAGGCUCAAAUACAAUCUUUAUCAAAAGAAAGAGAGGAACGCAAACAGGUUCUCUCAGGGCAAUUUGUUGGUGGAGAAGGGGAGGUGUUGGAUCUGAGAGAGCAGCGCGACAUCCCUGCUGGUUCGGAAUUUUCACCAGACUCUGGAUAUGUAACGGUUCAUCAAACAGAUCAAUUAAAUAUGUCUGUGCAAACUGGUAAUCAGCAGGCUUCCAUAGUGCCUGAAAUGGCUUACAUGCCAGAUGCAUCUAAUAUAAUGAUCCCAUCUCAAAGAAUGGACUUGGGCCAGCUAUCAGAAAAGGAUGAACUUUCAGAUUUAGGUGACAAAUCCCUCCAAACAAUUCAGCAGACUCUGGUACAUGGACAGGUUCCACCUCAAUUAGCACAACCAUCUCAAGCACAAAGCCUGUCACAUUCUCAACUUCAGCAACAUUUAGGUCAAAAUCAAUCAUCAGGGCAGCUACCAAACCAGCCUCUGCCCCAACUUCACGUCCAGUCACUUCCUAAUCCGCUUCUCCUUCAGUCACUUGAGCAACCGCAGGAGCAUAUUCAAGAAAAGUCCGCUGGAGGGCAACUUGACACAUUACACGAAGCUCACCAUGAUUUGUCUUUGCAACAAUAUUCAGAACCUCAACAGGAAAUGUCACUGGAGGCUCAAUCUGAGCCUCAAAAUCGGAUGGAACACUCCCAAAUGACUACUGAUCAAGCAGCUGAGGCCCGGGGUGACCAUCAGUUACUCGCUCAAGCUUCAUUGCAACCUCAGAGUGCAAGCCAUGCUCAAAUACAGCCUCCACUUCAAUCUCAGCCUCUAAUGCAACAACAAUCUCAGUCUCAGCCGCACCACAACUUAUCAGAAAAUCCAUCAAAACUGCAGUCUUCAGCGGAGGCUCAACUUCAGGCGUCUCAGUCACAACAUGUAUUGCAUAUGCAAGAUUUACCGCAGCAGCCAGAGUCACAGGAACAAGAUACGUAUCGAAAUCUUGUCCAAGAAGCAGAGGUCUCUCGAGUGGGCCAUCCAGAGAGUCGUCCGCAACCCCAGUCAGUGGGAGACCCACUUCAGUUGUCGCAGGAGCCCACCAGCAUGAGUCACCCGUCUGUUGCUUGUCAAGACGUUCCUCAAUCAGAUUCCCAGCAUCAGCCAUAUGAAGCUCCCCAACCGGAGGUUGAUACCCUGCAGCGCCCCCAAGGCCUUCCCCAGGUUGAUACAUCAAGCCAACCACAAGAUGUGUCAACUCAAGACCAUGUUCAGCAACAAGAGCAGCCCCAAACCCUUUAUACGCCUGUUUCAUUGCUUCCUGCUCCCUCCAAUGGAGCACCACGAGCUACCCAAGUGUUCCACCAGGCUUCGCAAGUAACUGGAGUAGCCGGGGGGUACGUGGGCACCUUCACCCCCGUGUUCCACCCCUCCGGAGCCGCCUACAUACCCGCUCAAAUGGGUGGCCCCGCCCCUGCCCCCGCCCCUCAACAGCAGCUCUAUGUAGCCACCAGCCUGCACCAGACCUCUGCACCGAUGCUCCUUGGACAAGCUCAACCAGGGCAGAACGCUCUGCUGGAGAUGGGAGCCACCACCACGGCCCCCUCCCUCCUGCAGACCAUGUUCCCGGUGCCCACCCUCGACGGCAACCUCGUGGUGGGGCCGGGGGCUCCAGGGGGCAUGGUGCUGGUGCAGCGACCGCCCCUGCCUGGAGUCCCCGGCGUCCCCGGCCCGGGGGCUCGAACGGGGGAACAGCCCGCCGACGGAGUUGCGGUCUCGGCCUCUGCAACAGCGGUCUCGGACAGCGUAAGUUCCGGCGCCGUGGCCGCGCCAGUCUGUGGUGCUACCGCUGGGGCCGCAGGGGCCGCUGGGGCUGAUGAUGUGCCGCUCGCUUCGUCCUCGUCCUCGUCUCACCCCCCCAGCAUGCUGGCGGCGGGGGCGCCGUGUGUGCAGAUGGUGCAAACCGUGCAGGCCGUGCAAGCUGUGCCGCCGCAGGCACAAUUCUUUCUGCUCCAGCAAAACGCCACUCCCACUUACCUUGUGAGUGAGAUGCCGCAAUACCACUCGCCCUCGCUCACCCCCAUCCAGACGCCCGUCCCGCCUUCGACCCCGGUGCCCGCCAACACCAUCACGCCCGUGUUCCCCGACUCGAGCCAUUUGCCUUCGCAGACCCAAGCCCAAUACCAGGGCAGCCCGUACCUGGUGCCGCCCGAGUCACAGGGACUAGGGAUUCCGUCUGCAGCCAACUUUGACUCUCCGUCAGUGCAGCAGCUCCCAACACCGAUACCUCCAGUCCACAUUUACACAGCUCCGCCCGAGUCAGGCGACAGCCAUGCCUUCCACUGCGAGCUGACUGCCUCUCGAGGGCUGGAGACUGUUGCCGAUGCGGAGCAGAAGAAGUGCCUCAGUGCAACGGAAGACUCAAAGCUGGCGCCACUAGAAAACGGCUGCGUUUCGGACGGGCAAAUGCCUUUUACUGGUACAUCCACACCAUAUGGAGCGAGCUCAGAAGCAAGCUCCAGAAGGGCAUCUGUGGAUCAAGAGCAAAUUACUCUCAAACGUUCAGCUUCCCCUCAGGUCGAUGAUGCUAUUGAGAUGGGAGACCACCCCACUCACUCCUCACAAACCACCAUUGAUUCGGGCGUUCUUUCUCGUGCUGAUAGCACUGCAAGCGACCCUGCAGAGGCACUCUCAUCCAGUAUCAUUGCUGCUGCGGGGGGUUUGGUGCCAGAGACAGCAACUGAGAGACGCAACCGCCGCACAAUCCAACGACGCCAGCGCAACAAAGCUAUUAGUGAGCGAGGACCCAGGCUGACAGUCUUAAGUAUUAACCAUGAUGGAUCCAACAGCUCGAGUACGGAAGGCACGGAAGGGUCUGCCGGAAGCUCUAGUCCGUCGGGAAAUAGAGGCCCCACUGUGGAGUGUCAAUUGGAAACAACAAGAAACAAAACUGUUACCUUCAAGUUCGACUGUGCAGACUAUGUACCUGGGGAUAUUGCAAACAAUUUGGUUGCUGAAAAUCUUCUGCCCGAGACACAAGCUGAACUCUUCACUGAAAUAAUCCAAGAAAUUGUGAGACAAGUUAAAGCAGAUCCUAGCAAGUUACCUGUGGUGACCCAGUGCUUCCCCUCCGAGACUUCAGGCAGUCCUGUUGCCCAUCGGCCGAGGGACAGAGAGCGGGACUCGGAUCCGGUGCUGGAGGCUGGUCGGGUGCGACAUGCUUCACUAACACGUCAGCGCUCCUUCAAAUCUUCUAUAAAACAGCACCGACGCCAUCGUUCGAAGGAUGAGGGAUCAUCUUUAGUUGGCUCUGCACCUAAUAGUCCUGUCCGUCACCGUAUGUCACUUACGGAUCAACCAGUGCUUACACCUUUGUCUGGCAUAUCAACUAUUCCCUCUGCACCUGCUCCUGUGGUCAAGCAAGCACCGGUACGGAAGGUGUCUCGCUUUCUUGUCAGUACGGUGACUGACGCUGUAGUGACUCCAGUAUCUAUUGAAACUAAUCUAGUCAAGGAUUCCAGCUCUGUUGUUGUGAAGCCUAUGUCAUCAGCAUCAGAGGUAUUGCCAGUUUCUGAGGCCCCAGGAAGGGGCUCCAUGGUACGCAUAGGGAGUGAAACUAUUCUCUCGAGCCUCAGCCCAUCCAUUGACAAGCAAGCCCGCAAGAUAAGUCUACCCGAGCCGGUCAGUUCAGCUGCUGCAUCUUCAGAAUUAGAUGAUAUCUCAUCUCAAACAGUUCAAACCAUUCCUGAAAAAUCUUCACAUUACUAUUAUGGCGAUGAGUAUGCUAUGGGAGGCACACCAGUGUCUGGUGGCACACCUAUAUCGGGUGACUCACCAGCUCAACAUCACACUCCAGAAAACACAAUGCUUCCUGGUCAAGACGGAUUGCACAUCAAAUUGACUCAACAAAGUUCUUUGGAGAAGCAGCUGAAUUCUCAGCUGCAGGCUGAUGCAGGGGGACCACAGACAAUAGAGGAUUUGCAGCAAAAACUGGUUCAGCUGACCUCACAACCAUCUGAACUGGGCAUCGGUGGCACUCCCCCAUCACAUCCAGCUACUCCACAUAUGCCUUUGUCUUAUGAUACAUACAUGCAGACUCUUCAACAAAAGCUGGCCUCCAUCUCCAUGACCGGAGGUACUCAUGUGGGCCCCUUAUCACCUCACAGCACUUUGCAUGCCUCUGGAAUGCAAGGAGCCUUACUCCCUGCAACACUUGAGGUUCUCCAACCUGCAGGAGGUAUCAUUGGCCUGGAGGGAGUUUCACUCUUGCCAUCUGAGCAACAGUUAGCGGUUCAGCAGUUCGCUUCACCUUCUCUUCAGUCCAUGCAAUCUCCUUUAACUGCUGUGGUACAACCUGUGCAUGUUUUGACUACUACAGGACAGAACCCAUCCUCUGGACCUACUUUAUUACAACAAGUUACUGUAACACCUGUAGGGGAUGUAAGUGGUAUGAGUAGUGGUGUAAUGUCUCCAAAUCAAACUUCCUCUCGAGACGAAAUGCAUCGCCCAAAUAGACCCAGACCAGCUGCUAUUGAUCUUGCGGACCUUGAACAAGAAUUAGCAAAGAUUCACACCGGAUACCGACGUGACCUGCAGACACAUUAUUUGAUAGGACAAUCUCAACAGGUUCCGCCGGUGCUAACUGCCCUCCCCCUCCACCCACUCUCCAUGGGAGGCAUCUCUUGCACCCUCCACCCUCUGCAUGCCACAUCAACCACGGGCCGGGAACACUCCUCACAUGCACAAGUAGAAGCAAGCACGCUAGCCGAGGGCCAGGAUGAAAAUGUUCAAGAAAAGGAAAGUUCUCAGGAUGGCAGUGCACCUGCUCCUCCAGAAAGAAGACUGUCCAGGUUUCAAGUUAGUGUUGUACCUGAGGACAAACCUGCAGAAAAGGAGAGAAACAAGAGUGUCCCAAGCAACAUGGGUGCUAGCCCAGUUGCAGCGGCUACUGCUACAGCUGUCCGCAAAGGGCGGUUCAGUGUUGUCACACAUCCAGAUCCAGGUCUUAUCAAUCUGCCUGAUCCAUCUGCCCCAGCCCAUACCCCAAUAAAUUCACCUCAAGAUGCAAUCCCAUCAUCACCACAUGAGAGUUCAACUUCUGUGGAUCCAACUGUGUUUCAUGUUCUGCACAUGGCCUCUGACUCAGGUCAUUCUGAACAGUGGGCAGCUCAUCAUAUCAACAUCUUACAGAAACCUAGCCACAUGCAGGCUGCCCACCAUACGCCCACUCCCCCUGUCUAUCUGGUGGCUCCUCAUGAAAGUGCAGUGCCUCAACAACUGAUUUCUGGCUCACUGCUCAUCCCUUGUCCAGUUUCUCAGAGUGUACCCCAAAGUCUGCAUCCGAAGUUGUCACACAGUGCAGGUCCAAUGAAGAGACCUCGAGCACAGACUAUGGUGGAAAGUCAUAGGGUUGGUUCAUUCCGCCCUCGCAGAAGAGACGAAGGAAACGCAAGUCCGACGAGCCCUACCAGUCCUACAUGGUAUGGGUCUUACUCUCCGGAUUUGUAUUCCUCCUCUUCUGAAUCUAAUCGCAGCAUGCAAGAUUACCGCCAUUUUAAUACUCAGCGCAUCACAAAGUUCCCAUCCACCUCUGAUUUGGUGGGAAAUAAGGAGGGAAAGUGGACAAGUAAGAUCCCGAUACCAGUAAAAUCCGACAAAUCUGGGAAGAUUCUCCCUACAAACUCUCCUCCAAGGAAAACCAGUGUGCCUGGCUUUGGAUCCAAUUCGGGUACACCUCGGAAAGUUGUACCGAAAUGUGCUUGUCCCACUGGCAGUCUGUCAGAAUUCCACAGUAGAUCUGUCAGCCCCCCAACUCCUCACCGUUGGACAAGUCAUGGUGAUUUAUCCCCAUCAAAAGAUGUAAAUAUUAGACAUGUUUAUCCCACCAGUGACAGGCUCCCUCUGAACUGUCCUCAUAGUAGUCACCAUGAAGGAGCCAAAGAAACUGCUAGUGAAAAAGUUCGCCGAAGAAGCAUGGAAAAUAAGUACUCCUAUUCAGAGCAACAACAUCAUGCCCUUCACCAUUCUCACAAACACCAAUCUGUUGGAAGUGAACCAUGGGAUAUUCUGAAGGCAAGAAUGAAACAGGCUCGCAGUCAAGAAUUCCUUAGUGCAAGAGUAUCUCCUGACCAGGAUGUUCCAUUCUUCAGUUCAUAUCGGUCUCGAACACCUGCUCCUGUUCCGGAACCUGUAGCCAUUCCAGAAGAAUAUGAGCCGGUCUAUCACACAGUUCAUGCUGGAAUGCGGCCUCCAGUUCAUUUGGCCAACUGGUCUCAACAUCAGGAAGAGGGACUAAGACAAGGUCUGCACUACCCUCACUCACCACAUGCCAAUCCAUGCUCUCGAGCACCCUUGCCACGUUUCAGUCCAAGAAAUCAUCCUGCACCUUCAUACGAACUGUCACAGGACUCAAGUCUUAUGGAUUCCGACGAUACAGCUCGAUUUUUUCAUCGUGCACUGCUCAGCUAUUGGCAUGACAGUGUUGAUGAUGUGCCCUUGGAGGAAAAUGAGGAGUAUCGCAAUUUACUCAGGAGACAACAAAUUGAACUUGAUGCUAUGCAAAGGAGGCAUCGUGAAGAAGUGGAGAAGCUAAGAGCUCAGAUAUCAGCAAGGCACGGAAAAGGCCAGGUUGGCCUUGGAAACGUGGUUGGGGGACCUCAACAAGUCACUGCAGUACAACGUCUCGUCUCCCUAUCUCCUCACGAGGCAGCGGCUAUGUUGGCGAGACCCAUGUUUUACCAGGCGCUUUCACCAAUUCACUGCCAAGUGGGCCAGACUGGCUCCUUGGCGGGUGUGGCCCUUGCCGGGUCCGGGGCGGCGGGGGCUGGAGCUGGAGCUGGAACUGGGGCGGCUGGAGCCGCUGGAGCGGGCCAUGGCAGCACCAGCACCGAGGACUCCCUCGUGUUCAGUACAGCUCCCCAGUCUCCCGUUGGAUCCCACACUGGCUCACACAGCGAGGCGCUGGGGCUGGGGCUCGCACUGGGCCUGGGACUCUCUCAGUCCCCACCCACUUCACCUGCUAGGGGUUCUCAGACUCCAGAUGGACGUCGAGAAGCCAUACCACCAGUUGCAGCAGCAGCCGCAGCAGUCCCCCCAGCAGGAGCAGCAGCAGGAGUAGUAGUCAAGACAGAGGGGAAUGUGCCAGCACCGCAGUCAGCUGAUGGGGCUGGCACUGCAAGUGGAGCAGGAAGUGGCAUCAGCAUUGGUGCAAGUCCGUUGACCGGUCUACGUGCCCUACACAUUGCCGCUCCCACUGGUUACUACUUCCAGCCAACCACCAUGGCUCCACUCCUUCAGUCAGGAAUGCGAUUAGUGUACAGUCCCCCUGCUAGGCAGCAAGGACCAAAUUCAGCAAGCCCAUCUAAUCCAUGUGCAUCUCAUUCAAGCUCCAUUGAUCUUGAAUCACCACCCUCUUCCCCACCCAGCCUUGCUAAAAGGCCUUAGUGUCGUUGCCUUAUAUCUGCACAGAUGAAUAUAUAAUUAUUUGUAAAUUGCUUGUGCUUAAUUUAAAAGCGACAUUGUUGAGGAAUCAAAGAUAGCUAGGGAACUGCAUUCAAGUAUUCUGUCGACCUAUUCCAACCUUUCACUAUCAUUUUAAAAUCAGGGGAAGGUCAUUGUUCCUAUUCCAAAUAUGCAAGAAAGAUGUAACUUCAAUUUCAGUCGCUUGAAUGUGUUCUUUUAUUUUGAAGCAAAAAGCUGACCUAGUUGGUGCCAAAUAGAUGCAGCUUUCUCUGCCUUUUCCAAACAUGCUUUCCAAUUAUGUCUGUUAACUUCCAUUUUGAAACUGAGAGGCAUCUUCCUUAUCCGCAUAUACACACUGAAUCAUCAUAUCUGAAGGCUACCAUUGCCUAGCUCAUUGUGUGAAGUCAAGGUCCUGGAAGGAUAAUGUUUAGAACUGGGGAGAAAUCUAUGUGAUAAGUCUUGCUUUUGUUUCGACGUUAGAGUUAGUCUCAUUGUCAUUUUUAAAUUAUUAUAUUUAUUUUAUGAAUACUUGUUUGUUUAGUGCAGAAAUUUAUUUAUUAGUCUUAUGUUGUAGCUUUGUUAUAUCACCUCCCUGCUUUGGUGAGAACUAUUCGUUUUUCCUGUUUUUUUUCUUGUUUUUGCUAUGCUGUGCUCUGGAUUCUUAGGUUUCUAAAGUGGGGUUUAUCCUGUAUGUGCAAGUGUACGUGUGUGUCAUGUCAUCUGUUAGUUUGAAUAUAAUGUACUGCAAAGUAUUGGCUCGAAACUUUAUGAUGGAAACUGCUGCCAUCUCAAAUAGUGAUUACAAACUUUCAUAAAAUGCCCCUUUUUGGCACCUACAGGGAUAGAAAUCUCAUGCUACUUUUAACCUGAAGCCCUAUUGUAUUUGUAUGGCAUUGCUUAGGCACAUUAUUAUGUUUUAUAAAAUUAUAGGUACAUUGUUUGGCCUUUGGCUUACCUUGAAUUUGGACUGUGGUGCUUUAUUGAUAACAAAAUUUUAAUUAGUAGAUUUGUACAGAUUUUAGUAAUAUUUUAAAGAAAAUGUGGAAGUGUCAUAGGUUGUAAGAAUUCUAUUUCUUGAAUGGAUAAAGACUGAAUUAAAUACAGCUUAUCUUUGGGAGACUGACAGUUGUAAGAAUGGACACAGAAGUAGUCAUGAUGUUUUAACUUGAUUAAUCAAUUCUGUAUCCUUAUAUCAAAGGCCUUGAAGAAUGAUAGCCAAGUCAAUGCUUUAGUUAAUGUUAAAUGUGUACUAUAGUGUGCAUCCUUAAUAUGUUGCGGUUGGUGGAUGCAGGCUGCUUAUGAAAUGGCUGAUAACACUAACCUGCUCAUAACAUGUGUACUUAGCUGGAAAUGCCUGUGGAGUUGAGUACACGAGAUUGUUUAAGAAGAAUAGAAAAUAUUAGUAUCUGUAAUUUAUUUUCAUAUGUAUUUCAUAGUUGUUGCAAUAACCUUUAACCAAAUUUGUUUGGACAACCAUUCCGUUAGCUUUCCACAGUCAUAAGAAGAAAGAUAAUCAGGUACUUUAGCUAUGUGAUCUAAUGUUAAAUUCUAAUUUUAAAUACCACGGCGCAACUCACUUGAAAAUGGAUUUUAUGAACAUCCUCUAAGAACUUAGUCUACUCGCUAAAAGAAAAAAUUGCAAAAUUGUGAAUUAGCACACACAACUUUGUGUUUUCUUAGCGAUUUAGGACAUGCCUCAUUGCUGUGAUAAAAUAAGUAUAGAUUGGUAACAUCUGAGUGUGACAACUGAUUUAAGUCGAGGUCUGUGAUCUUAUAUUUCUUCUUAUUGCAUACCACAUGAAGAAAAGGGUCAAUAUGAAAUACAUGCAAUUGGAACUUGCUUCUUGCAUCUAAUAGUGUUAAGGAAACCUUGAAAGCUUUAGAUAAUUAUCUUAAAAUUAACAUUCUGCUGCACAAAUUUUGCCUGUCAAACCUCUUUUUUGUAUUGUUGACAAGAAGCAAGAAAUCGCUGAAAUGGGGUAAAAUUCUACUAUGUUCUGAUUCUUGUUACACAGGGUUUGACUUUUUGAACUUUUAAGAGACAAACAGGAAAGUGUACAAAAAUGCUGUUUUAGAAUUCAGACGGACAAUUUAUUUUGUGAAUCAUUGUUCAUUUUCUUUCAGUUGCAAAUUGCACUGUCUGCUGCUUGUUGUGUUGAAUGAUUGGGUCUAAGAAUGGUUGGAGAUGCGGAAUUUGCAGUACCAGCCAAAUGGUUUAAACUGUGACAAUACACUACCUGUUGGCUCAAGUUCAAGGAUAUCACGAUUGAAGCUUGAUUUUAGAUCAACCUGAGGUUUUAUAGUAUUUAAGUACCCUCUUCCCCAUCAUUCUUUCCAUAAGCUAAAGCAUAACUUGGUUUUACUGUGGCCUGCUACUAUCUGUCGCACCUAUUGUGAUUUGCUUAGAGUAUACGACAAAUGUUGAUACACAUAGUGGCUGUUGUGCGAGUAUUUACUUUUUUUCUAAUGAGAAUGCAUUAUGUACAUGUAUAUUUUAUUUAUAGUGCUUAUAUAUGCACAUUUUAUGUUUACUUGAAGAUCCAUACUGUAUUCAUAUGGUCCUAGAGCAAACAUAUUGUAAAUAUUAUUAUCAUUAUCACUUCUAUUAAAGAAUGUCUAGCUCUUGUACAAAAGACCAAAUACAGUAAGUGAUUGGAAUUUUUUUUUUCAACCAACUGCAGAUAGCAAUUCAGUGUCUAGUCUUAUUUUUAAUCUUGGGAAAACAAAGAAAGUAGAUGGUUUUUAAAACAAUGUUUUAAUAUUCUUUAUUAAGAACUUCUACUCAAUUGUUCCAGUCUGUAACAGGUGGUUUAUUAGUUAUUUCCCAUCAUUAUAGCUAGUUGUUCAUCUGUGGUGAUUUAAAGUCAUUUCUGGUGCUGCUGAAGAAAAUAACUGUAUUCAUUAAAAAUAAAACCAUGUGAAACCAAA